AGGGACGCUGUGGCGGUGCCACUCCGAGAUGGCAAUUGGCAGCAUCACCUGAGCGGAGCCUGCCUCCCCCGCCUUUUUCGCCUGAGUGGUGCAGACCAGCUUUGAAUGCAUGUGUGCUUGUCAUUCCCAGGCAUUGUAGGAUUGGUUCCUGCCUCCCAUUCAUGUAACCUGUGUGUGGCUCUCUUCCUCUCUCUGUGUAUGUGUGUGUAAGGGAGCGAGCGAGGCAGGCAGGGGGAGGGGGAGCUUUAAAUAAAAGCCUUUGGAUUGCAGCUGCCUAUUUGGGGCAGUACUCCCUACCAGGGAGACUUCUGCCUGGGAAGAAGCUGGACCAGCCUUGGCGGUGGCGGUGGUGUGGAGCUGCCGGAGGAGGAGCUCCGGUGCCUGGCUGUAGUUGCCCCGUUUGGGAUCGCGCGGAGGAGCCCUACCUAGAAGUGGCAUUGCCGCCUGCAGAAAUGGUAGACUGAGCUUAGCACAUGUCCAGGUUAAAAUUGCAUUCUUCAAGGAGUAUUUGAUGGAUUAUUCCUAGAUACUUCAAAAAGGUAAAUUAAAAAUCUUUUCCAGGGAGCCAGUAAACAUGCAUACUUCAGGAAAUGGCAUGUUAUAAAUGUGGGUGACUAAAAGCAUUGCAGUGAAAAAGAAGGCAGACUAUUAUUUAUCAUCGCAGUUGCAGAGCUACCAUUCCCUUGUUGUGCUACACUGGUUGUAGGGAGGGUGCUUCACCAAACCUCUGUGAAGCGUCAUAUGAGAUUAUUCCAAUCUGAUCACCACACAAACGCUGUUAUUUUAAUGUUGAAGACUCAGACAAAAGUGCCAUGGAUGUGAAAGAGAGAAAACCAUACCGAUCUCUGACCAGGCGCCGUGACACCGAGCGACGCUACACUAGCUCCUCGGCAGAGAGCGAAGACAGCAAAAUACCCCAAAAGUCCUACAGCUCCAGCGAGACGCUGAAGGCUUACGAUCAAGACUCCAGGCUGACCUACAGCAAUCGGGUCAAAGACAUGGUGCACCAGGAGGCUGAUGAAUUCUGCCGAACGGGAGCCAACUUCUCUUUGCGAGAGCUGGGCCUUGAUGACGCCAUGCCCACACACGGGACUUUAUACAGGACUGAUAUAGGGCUGCCUCACUGCGGCUACUCCAUCAGCGCUGGCUCAGACGCUGACACCGAGGCAGAUGCCGUCAUGUCGCCGGAGCACCCGGUGAGGCUCUGGGGACGUAAUACUAAGUCAGGCCGCAGCUCCUGUCUCUCGAGCCGAGCCAACUCCAACCUCACGCUCACCGAUACGGAACACGAAAACACUGAAACUGGUCCUCCUUUGCAUUGUUCAUCUGCUUCAUCAACCCCUAUUGAGCAGUCCCCUUCCCCUCCCCCUACCCCUGCGGCCAAUGAGAGCCAGAGAAGGUUGCUAGGCAAUGGUGUGGCCCAGCCAACCCAGGACUCUGACUCUGAGGAAGAGUUUGUCCCUAAUUCAUUCUUAGUUAAAAGUGGCUCUGGAAACCUCUGUGUACCUGCCAAUGAUCAUCCUCCGGGUCUUCAGAACCAUUCAAGACUUCGAACUCCUCCACCUCCACUACCACAUGCUCACACGCCAAAUCAGCAUCAUGCGGCCUCCAUCAACUCCCUAAACAGAGGGAACUUCACGCCACGUAGCAACCCCAGCCCUGCUCCUACUGAUCACUCUCUUUCUGGAGAGCACCCUGCCAGCACCCAAGAGCCAGCCCAUGCUCAGGACAACUGGUUACUCAACAGUAACAUCCCACUGGAGACUAGGCACUUCCUGUUCAAACCUGGAGGCACCUCUCCCCUCUUUUGUACAACAUCACCGGGAUAUCCCCUGACGUCCAGCACUGUGUACUCACCUCCCCCUAGACCCCUUCCCAGAAGUACCUUCUCUAGGCCUGCCUUUAAUCUGAAGAAACCCUAUAAGUACUGUAACUGGAAAUGUGCUGCUCUGAGUGCCAUUAUCAUCUCAGUCACGCUGGUGAUCCUGCUUGCUUAUUUUAUCGCCAUGCACCUGUUUGGCCUAAACUGGCACCUGCAGCCGAUGGAAGGGCAGAUGUAUGAGAUCACGGAAGACACAGCCAGCAGUUGGCCAGUGCCAACGGACGUCUCCUUAUAUCCCUCGGGGGGCACAGGGUUAGAGUUACCUGACAGGAAAGGCAAAGGAUCCAGUGAAGGAAAGCCCAGUAGUUUCUUUCCAGAGGACACUUUUAUAGACUCUGGAGAAAUUGAUGUUGGACGACGAGCCACACAGAAGAUUCCUCCUGGUAUCUUUUGGAGAUCUCAGGUGUUCAUUGACCAUCCAGUGCAUCUGAAAUUCAAUGUGUCUUUAGGAAAGGCUGCUCUGGUUGGGAUUUAUGGCAGGAAAGGCCUUCCUCCUUCACAUACCCAGUUUGACUUUGUUGAGCUCCUUGAUGGGAGACGGCUACUUACCCAGGAGGUGAGGAGUCUGGAAGGACCUCAACGGCAACCUAGAGGCUUUGUGCCAAUGUCCAGCCAUGAGACAGGGUUUAUCCAGUAUUUGGAUACAGGAAUAUGGCAUCUGGCCUUCUACAAUGAUGGGAAAGAGUCCGAGGUGGUUUCUUUUCUUACUACUACCAUCGAAUCAGUGGAUAAUUGUCCCAGUAACUGCUACGGGAAUGGAGACUGUGUUUCUGGAACCUGCCAUUGCUUCCUCGGUUUUCUGGGUCCCGACUGCGGCAGAGCAUCUUGUCCAGUACUGUGCAGUGGAAAUGGUCAGUACAUGAAAGGGCGAUGUCUAUGCCACAGUGGCUGGAAAGGGGCAGAAUGUGAUGUUCCAACAAACCAGUGCAUUGACGUAUCCUGCAAUAACCAUGGCACGUGCAUCAUGGGGACCUGUAUCUGCAAUCCAGGGUACAAGGGGGAGAGCUGCGAAGAAGUGGACUGCAUGGAUCCCACCUGUUCUGGGCGAGGAGUAUGCGUACGGGGAGAAUGUCACUGUUCCGUUGGCUGGGGAGGAACGAAUUGCGAGACACCAAGAGCUACCUGUUUGGACCAGUGCUCUGGACACGGGACCUUUCUGCCUGAUACCGGGCUCUGCAGCUGCGAUCCCAACUGGACCGGACACGAUUGCUCAAUCGAGAUUUGUGCAGCGGAUUGCGGAGGACACGGCCUCUGUGUCGGAGGCACCUGCCGCUGCGAGGAGGGAUGGAUGGGCGCAGCCUGUGAUCAGCGGGCGUGUCACCCACGGUGUAAUGAGCACGGGACAUGUCGGGAUGGCAAAUGUGAAUGCAGCCCGGGCUGGAACGGAGAGCACUGCACUAUUGAGGGUUGCCCUGGACUGUGUAAUGGCAAUGGCAGAUGCACUCUGGACAUGAAUGGCUGGCACUGUGUCUGCCAGCUGGGCUGGAGAGGAGCGGGCUGUGAAACUUCCAUGGAGACAGCAUGCGGCGAUGGAAAAGACAACGAUGGAGAUGGCUUGGUGGACUGUAUGGACCCAGAUUGCUGCUUGCAGCCUUUGUGCCAUGUUAACCCACUGUGCCUGGGCUCACCUGACCCCCUGGAUAUCAUACAGGAGACUCAAACCCCCACAUCCCAACAGAACUUGCACUCUUUCUAUGAUCGAAUCAAGUUCCUGAUUGGCAAGGACAGCACACACGUCAUCCCGGGAGAGAAUCCAUUCGAUGGAGGCCAUGCGUGUGUGAUUCGAGGUCAGGUCAUAACAUCAGAUGGAACCCCUCUAGUUGGAGUGAACAUCAGCUUUGUCAACAAUCCUUUUUUUGGAUACACAAUCAGCAGGCAAGAUGGCAGCUUUGAUCUCGUCACUAAUGGUGGGAUUUCCAUUAUCUUACACUUCGAGCGGGCUCCCUUCAUCACUCAGGAACACACGCUCUGGCUACCCUGGGAUCGCUUUUUUGUAAUGGAAACCAUAGUCAUGAGGCAUGAAGAGAAUGAGAUUCCAAGCUGUGAUCUCAGCAACUUUGCCCGUCCCAACCCCGUGGUCUCCCCGUCCCCCCUGACAGCAUUUGCAAGUUCCUGUUCCGAGAAAGGCCCCAUUGUUCCAGAAAUUCAGGCCCUGCAAGAGGAGAUUAACGUUGCUGGCAGCACAAUAAAGCUGAGUUACCUGAGCAGCCGCACGGCUGGCUAUAAGUCCGUCUUGAGGAUCAGCAUGACCCAUCCCACCAUCCCCUUCAACCUCAUGAAAGUCCACCUUAUGGUGGCCGUAGAAGGACGCCUCUUUAGAAAGUGGUUUGCAGCUGCCCCGGACCUCUCCUAUUAUUUCAUCUGGGAUAAGACGGAUGUCUACAGCCAGAAAGUGUACGGACUGUCGGAAGCCUUUGUUUCCGUGGGCUAUGAAUAUGAAUCAUGUCCUGAUCUGAUCCUGUGGGAGAAGAGGACGGCGGUCCUUCAGGGUUAUGAAAUUGAUGCUUCCAAACUCGGAGGAUGGUCCCUGGACAAACACCAUGCCCUCAACAUACAGAGCGGCAUCUUGCAUAAAGGAAAUGGGGAAAAUCAGUUUGUCUCUCAGCAGCCGCCUGUCAUAGGAAGCAUUAUGGGCAAUGGACGCAGGCGUAGCAUUUCCUGUCCAAGCUGUAAUGGCCUUGCAGAUGGGAACAAGCUCCUGGCUCCUGUUGCCCUAACAUGCGGAUCUGAUGGAAGCCUUUAUGUUGGAGACUUCAACUACAUCCGAAGGAUCUUUCCCUCUGGCAAUGUCACCAACAUACUGGAGCUCAGAAAUAAAGAUUUCAGACAUAGCCACAGCCCAGCUCACAAGUAUUACCUAACAUCAGACCCAAUCACUGGCUCCAUCUACCUCUCUGACACUAACAGCCGACGCAUCUAUAAGAUCAAGUCGACCUCCAUCGUGAAGGAUGUUGUCAAGAAUUCAGAGGUGGUGGCAGGGACUGGGGAUCAGUGCCUUCCCUUUGAUGAAACCCGCUGCGGAGAUGGGGGCAAAGGCACCGAAGCAACACUCACUAACCCCAGGGGCAUCACUGUGGACAAGUUUGGGUUGAUUUACUUUGUAGACGGCACCAUGAUCAGACGUAUUGACCAGAAUGGGAUUAUCUCAACCAUGCUGGGCUCCAAUGACUUGACAUCUGCCAGGCCUCUCAGCUGUGACUCUGCCAUGGACAUUUCUCAGGUUCGUCUAGAGUGGCCCACAGAUCUGGCAGUCAACCCGAUGGAUAAUUCCCUGUAUGUCCUCGAUAAUAACGUUGUGUUGCAGAUCUCUGAAAAUCACCAAGUGCGCAUUGUGGCCGGGAGGCCUAUGCACUGCCAGGUCCCAGGCAUUGAUCACUUCCUCCUCAGCAAAGUGGCAAUACAUGCAACUUUGGAAUCUGCCACAGCUUUGGCCGUCUCCCAUAACGGGGUCCUGUAUAUCGCUGAGACCGACGAGAAGAAGAUCAACCGCAUCAGGCAGGUCACCACCAAUGGGGAAAUCUCCCUUGUUGCUGGUGCACCAAGCAGCUGUGACUGCAAAAAUGAUGCCAACUGUGACUGCUUCUCUGGGGAUGAUGGCUAUGCAAAGGAUGCCAAGCUCAAUGCCCCUUCCUCCCUAGCAGUGUGCGCAGAUGGGGAGUUGUAUGUUGCUGAUCUUGGAAACAUCCGAAUCCGCUUUAUUCGGAAAAACAAGCCAUACCUCAACACACAGAACUUAUAUGAGUUGUCCUCUCCUAUAGACCAGGAACUCUACUUGUUUGACACCAGCGGUAAACACCUUUAUACCCAGAGCCUACCCACCGGAGAUUACCUUUACAAUUUUACCUACACCGGAGAUGGAGACAUAACCUUGAUCACUGAUAACAAUGGUAACUUAGUCAAUGUCCGGAGAGAUUCCACUGGGAUGCCACUCUGGCUGGUGGUGCCAGAUGGCCAGGUCUACUGGGUGACAAUUGGCACCAACAGCGCUCUCAAGAGUGUGACAGCACAAGGGCAUGAAGUGGGUCUGAUGACGUACCAUGGCAACUCUGGUCUUCUUGCCACCAAGACCAAUGAAAACGGAUGGACAACAUUUUAUGAGUACGACAGCUUUGGCCGCCUGACCAACGUCACCUUCCCUACAGGCCAAGUCAGCAGCUUCCGCAGCGAUACCGACAGCUCAGUGCACGUCCAGGUAGAAACCUCCAGCAAGGACGACGUUACCAUAACAACCAAUCUGUCAGCAUCAGGCGCCUUCUACACCCUCCUGCAAGAUCAAGUCCGAAACAGCUACUACAUCGGCGCCGAUGGCUCUCUCAGGCUGAUGCUUGCUAACGGCAUGGAAGUAGCACUGCAGACUGAGCCCCACCUGCUGGCUGGCACCGUGAACCCGACGGUGGGGAAGAGGAACGUGACCCUGCCUAUCGACAAUGGCCUCAAUCUGGUUGAGUGGAGGCAGCGGAAGGAGCAAGCUAGAGGGCAGGUUACCGUCUUUGGACGCAGGCUGAGGGUUCACAACAGAAACCUGCUGUCCCUCGACUUUGAUCGUGUGACAAGAACAGAAAAAAUCUACGAUGACCAUCGCAAGUUCACUCUACGGAUCCUGUAUGACCAAGCAGGCAGACCUAGCCUCUGGUCUCCUAGCAGCAGGUUGAAUGGAGUUAACGUGACUUAUUCCCCAGGGGGACACAUUGCAGGGAUCCAGAGGGGAACUAUGUCAGAAAGGAUGGAAUACGAUCAGGCUGGCAGAAUUAUAUCCAGGAUCUUUGCUGAUGGAAAAUCAUGGAGCUACACUUACUUAGAGAAGUCCAUGGUGCUACUCCUCCACAGCCAGAGACAGUACAUCUUUGAGUUUGAUAAGAAUGAUCGAUUGUCAUCCGUCACCAUGCCUAAUGUCGCCCGGCAGACCUUAGAAACCAUCCGGUCCAUCGGAUACUACAGGAACAUCUACCGGCCUCCAGAGGGCAAUGCCUCCGUCAUUCAGGAUUUCACUGAGGAAGGGCAGCUCCUUCACACCUUCUACUUGGGGACAGGGAGGCGUGUCCUAUACAAGUAUGGCAAGCUGUCCAAGCUAGCCGAAAUGCUCUAUGAUACUACUAAGAUUGGUUUCACCUAUGAUGAAACUGCUGGCAUGUUGAAGACAAUAAACCUGCAAAAUGAAGGGUUCACCUGUACUAUCAGAUACAGGCAGAUAGGCCCACUCAUUGACCGUCAGAUUUUCCGCUUCACUGAGGAAGGCAUGGUGAACGCACGCUUUGACUACAAUUAUGAUAACAGCUUCAGAGUGACCAGCAUGCAAGCAGUGAUCAACGAGACACCGUUACCCAUCGAUCUCUACAGAUACGAUGAUGUGUCAGGCAAAACGGAGCAGUUUGGUAAAUUUGGGGUCAUCUACUACGACAUCAAUCAGAUUAUCACCACCGCUGUCAUGACUCACACUAAGCACUUUGACGCCUAUGGCAGGAUGAAGGAGGUCCAGUAUGAAAUAUUCAGGUCGCUCAUGUACUGGAUGACUGUGCAGUAUGACAACAUGGGGAGAGUGGUGAAGAAGGAACUGAAGGUCGGACCGUAUGCAAACACAACGAGGUACUCUUAUGAGUACGAUGCUGAUGGCCAACUGCAGACAGUGUCUAUCAAUGACAAACCGCUCUGGCGUUACAGUUAUGACCUCAAUGGAAACCUCCAUUUGUUGAGUCCUGGGAACAGUGCCCGUCUCACCCCACUAAGGUAUGACCUGAGGGACAGGAUUACGAGAUUGGGGGAUGUGCAGUACAAAAUGGACGAAGAUGGCUUCCUGAGACAAAGGGGGAAUGACAUUUUUGAGUACAACUCAGCAGGCCUGCUCAUUAAAACGUACAAUAAAGCGAGCGGCUGGAGCGUGAAAUAUCGUUAUGAUGGCCUCGGAAGAAGAGUUUCUAGCAAAACUGCCCAUGGCCACCAUUUACAGUUCUUCUAUGCAGACCUGACCAACCCCACUAAGGUCACCCAUUUGUACAACCAUUCCAGUUCCGAGAUCACCUCCCUCUACUAUGAUCUCCAAGGCCACCUCUUUGCAAUGGAGCUCAGCAGCGGAGAUGAGUUCUACAUAGCCUGUGAUAACAUCGGGACCCCUCUGGCAGUCUUCAGCGGGACGGGCUUAAUGAUCAAGCAGAUACUGUACACAGCAUACGGGGAGAUCUACAUGGACACCAAUCCCAAUUUCCAGGUCAUCAUCGGAUACCAUGGAGGUCUGUACGACCCCCUCACUAAGCUCAUCCACAUGGGGCGGCGAGACUAUGAUGUGUUAGCUGGGCGAUGGACAAGCCCAGAUCAUGAUAUGUGGAAACAUCUGAGCAGCAACAACAUAAUGCCUUUCAACCUUUAUAUGUUCAAAAACAACAACCCUAUUAGCAACGCUCAGGAUAUCAAAUGUUACAUGACAGAUGUCAACAGCUGGCUGCUAACCUUUGGUUUCCAACUACACAAUGUUAUCCCUGGAUAUCCCAAGCCAGAUACAGAUGCAAUGGAGCCAUCAUAUGAGCUUAUCCACACGCAGAUGAAAACCCAAGAGUGGGACAAUAGCAAGUCAAUCUUGGGAGUGCAGUGUGAAGUGCAGAAACAGCUGAAAGCCUUCGUCACCCUAGAGCGCUUUGAACAGAUCUACAGUUCCAGCAUCGCUGGGUGCCGGACGGUCAAGGAGAACAAGAACUUUGCCUCAGGAGGAUCUGUCUUUGGCAAAGGGGUCAAGUUUGCCAUGAAGGAUGGGCGUGUGGCCACCGACAUCAUCAGUCUGGCCAAUGAGGACGGGCGCCGGAUCGCAGCCAUACUGAACAACGCCCACUACCUGGAGAACUUGCACUUCACCAUCGAGGGAGUGGACACACAUUAUUUCGUUAAGCAAGGGCCAUCAGAAAGCGACUUGUCCAUACUGGGCCUCAGUGGCGGGCGGAGAACCCUGGAGAACGGCGUGAACGUUACAGUGUCCCAGAUCAACACAAUACUCAGCGGAAGGACUAGACGUUAUACGGACAUCCAGCUCCAGUAUGGAGCACUGUGUCUAAACACCCGUUAUGGGACCACCUUGGACGAGGAGAAAGCCCGCGUGCUGGAGCUGGCCAGGCAACGUGCCAUAGCCCAGGCCUGGGCCAGGGAGCAGCAGAGACUGCGGGAUGGGGAGGAGGGCAUUCGCUCGUGGACAGAAGGGGAGAAGCAGCAAGUGCUAAACACGGGCCGGGUGCAGGGCUAUGACGGCUACUUUGUGAUCUCAGUGGAGCAAUACCCAGAACUCUCAGACAGCGCCAACAACAUCCAUUUUAUGAGACAGAGCGAAAUGGGCAGAAGGUGACAGAGAGGGUCAAUGCGGUGACUUCUUGCCAAAGACAGCUACUCUUUUGUGGCCACUUACCUGACUGUGUUGUACUCAAUCCUUUUUCUAAACUGAACCUGGCGGGGGGAGGAAAAUAAGGAGAGAAAGAAUAUGGUUGCACUGUAACUCAUGCAACAUACUUUUUUUUUAUUUUAAAUUUGGCCUUCACAUGUUUUUUGCAAUGAACAGAAGGUAUAUUUUGCCGUAGUGUGAUCACAGUGAAAUUUACUCUCUUUUGUCCUUUUUUCCCUUUUGUGAGGAAUUUAAAAUGGGGAGUUGUCAACGUACAUCCAUGGGUUACUCGGUGUGAAGUGAGAAAUGGGUGUCUGUGCUAACUUGUUUCAUCCUAAUCCUUUCUUAUUUGGCACAGGGACAGCUAGCCUUCCACCCGAAGAGCAGCUCAGAAACGCUGGGCACGCUGGAAACGGAAGAUGACAAUGAUUCCGAAUCUCUCAAAGUGACUGUCUGAAUCGUGUGCCUCAAAAGAGAACUUACAAGGAGUUUUCACCUUUCACUUGGGACAGAAAGUGUUUCUUGGGCUCCUGCUGCACAGAAGUAGAUUAUAGUGGCAAAAGGAGCAGAAUAUAUUAACUUGCAAGAUGAUUCUCUUCCUUCCUGAACUGGAAUUAAAAAAAAAACCAGUCUUUUUCAUUAUGAUAGUAGAUUUUUUUCUCUUGCUUUUUUGGUCCAUGCACAAAUCCUGUUUUUAGUUUAAAAAGCCAGUAAAGGCCAAGAAAAAUGCUCCCACUCUAUUGGAAAACAUCCUCUCUCGUGCCUAGAGCUGUUCUCUCGAUGGGUUGAAUGCACCGAAGUUGUAGACAUAACCCCAUUAAAUGCAUAGUAUUUCAGUACACCAGGUUGUGUGUUCAGCAGUCCGCUGGGCUGUGUCCAAUAAAGCAACUUCAUUUUUAGGAAGCUAAUUUGAGUCUGAAAGUAGGAUAGUCUCCCACAUACCAUUGAAGAGUGCAGCAAAUCCAUACUCCAGCAUUCUUGCUUUUGGGGGCUGUCUUUAUUAGCCUGGAAACUGGUUUUCAGUGCCAGGUUGGUAAAUCAUUUAUGGCUAUGGCAAACCUGCCUCUCUGGAACUCUGUCAGCAGGGAAUUUAAAAGGUUUAAUAAGCAACAGCAGCAGGGGAAAUAUUGGACCCAAGCCUCUAACUGUUCCUUUCCCCUUCCGCCCCACUGGGAUACGAAGGAGCUCGAAUUAUGUGAGUAGCCCAGUGAGGGUUAACAGCGAACAAGGAGGCAUUUGAAUAGAAAUGCCCACUAGAGAGGAGCCCAAGUAGUUUACAAGAAACUGCUGACAAAGUUGCUUGACAUGCUAAUGUAAUUUGUACUCACAUAAGCCCGUGCUAUGGUAUGUGCAAGAGUCCUUGUGAUUCACGUGAACAAGGAGACUGAGCUGAGCUUCUUCCUGAGAAAAUUCUCUGCUGAUACAGGACAUUGCUGCAGUCAGAGAAACACAGGUGUGAUGCCAUCCAGACCUCUGGCUCUGAAAGAGUCAGCAUUCCUAUCUCAUAGAGCUGGAAGGGACCCUGAAAGGUCCAGCCCCCUGCCUUCACUAGCAGGAUCACUUAGUGAUUUUGCCCCAGAUGCCUAAGUGGACCCCUCAAGAAUUGAACUCCCAACCCUGGGUUUAGUAGGCUAAUGCUCAAACCACUGAGCUAUCCCUCACCCACACACCCCUGAACUUUCACCGGCUUUCAAAGAGCAGCUCAGAACCUCUUACACAUUCUGAAAUUUUUAACUUCUUUCAUCUUCAGUUUUUGCUUCCAGGUUCUAACCAGAGACAGACUGAGCCAUGCCAAAACAUCAUAACAAGAGAGGUUUCAGAGCCGGCCCUUGGAGCAUGGUAUUCUGUAGUCCCCUAAAAUCACGCCCUCUUCCGCUGCACGCACCAAGCUCAGUAAACCCCACCACCAGCAUCACUGCCUUCUGCCAAGACGGUAUCCCCGGGUCUACUCAGUUACAGGAUAGCAACAAGGGUGGAAAGGACUCAGUGGGCACAAACUCCAUUGAUAGAGAAAAUUGUGGUGGCCCCAGUUCUAUCACAACUUUCCUGUGGAUGCAGAACUUGUCUGACUCUGUCCUUAAGGCCCCCUCCUGGCUGUUCUCAUGCUUUUGCCAGAUGGAAGUGAAGGAAAUCUCCCAAGAGAGCCUGUUCGCCGUAAAAAUUUUAACCUAAUGUUACAGACCCAGUGAGAGACGCAUCCAGAGUUUUAGAUUCUGAUCUUAACUGAACCCAAACAUUGACCCAUGUGAAGUUCACCAUCUCUGAUGCUUACCUACCAUCCUGCUGUUUUAAUAAUUCCUCCUGGCUUGCAGGAAAGGGAGUGGUUUUGAUACAGUAAUUCAGUGUUAUUCUUUGCAGAGCAGGAAGAGCGUUGGCCAGGACUGAACUGGCAGGCAUCCUUUAUGGAGAAAUAUAUUGGCAGGAGUAAAUAGCAAGUAGUGGUAAGUCUUGAAAAUCAGCACCAGUUCUGUCAGAGUGGCUUCACUCUCUGGGAGGAGGAGGUUCUGAAACAGAGCAGAGCUAAUGCUGGCUGAAAAUGAAUGGGCUGCCCAUCUGUGUGUUAUAAAACAGCUAGACACUCUGUUCCAUACACCACCUCUUCCUUUUAACGCUGCUCUGGCAAAGUGUAGCAGGGAAGACAGGGAAGUCUCGUAUCCAUUCACAUAUGUUUGUUAAAAAAGUAAUGGGGAUUUUACGAUGGUAAAUCUGCUACGUUUACAUGGAGUAGAGGAAAGGAAAUUCAAGUCUGAAACACUCCCAAUGGAAACCUUGCUGGCCUGAGAUGUUACCUUUAUAGCCUUACCCAGAGUCUUCAGGUUAUUACACAACUAAUGAAUCCGAGUAGGUCUUCCAUUUUUCAUGAGUCUCACAAAUCUGCCUGUAGCCAAGAGCAAUCCAAAUCCACAUCGUGGCAAAAAUCAGUGCAAAUUAGAUUUAACUCUUCGUUCACAAGCAAUGUGCUGGGUCUAAAACUGCCCGACUUCCCAUUAAAGUCCAUUAGUGGCCUGGAGUUGGAGUCUGUGCACAGCCCAGGAAAUGGAGGAGUUAUUAUUUUGAAUCUCUUCUCUCCUGACUAUUAAAAAGGUCCUUCAACAGAAUGAUGUUCCUCUAGCACUAACUAAGACAAACCUAAACAAUCGAUCAAGGAGACAGUCGACUGCUUGUGUCGUCAGCAGCGCAAUAGUAUCAAGAGAGGUUUGGGAUAUCUCCCACUCACCUUACUGGAGGGGGGUGAAAACCUGAAAGGCUAUUUACUAUCCUGGCACUGUAAGAUUCCCCUUGUCCUGCCAUAAGGGUCUUGUCUACAAGAGUCCAGUGUUUUUCUGUGGAGUUCACCCUCUGGGGUAAGGGGAAUGUUAAAAAUUCCAGGGCCGCUUGACCACUUGUUAACUGUUGCCCUGCUGAACAACAUACUCAUGCAGCUUACCCAUAAUUGAUUACAGUGUAUAAGUAUCUACAUAGAGAACAAAUAUUUAAUAACGGGUUCUUUAAUCUAGCAGAGAAGGGUCUAACACGGUCGAAUGGCUGGAAGUUGGAGCUAGACAAAUUGAGACUGUAAAUAAAGGGUCCAUUUCUAACAGUGAGAGUACUAACCAUUGGAACAAUUUACCAAGCGUUGUGGUGGAUUCUUCCAUUGCUGAUCAUUUUUAAAUUAAGAUUGGCUGUUUUUGUAAAAGAUCUGCUCCAGGAAUUGUUUUGGGGAAGUUCUCGAGCCCGUGUUAUACAGGAGGUCAGACUAGAUGAUCACAAUGGUCCCUUAUGGCUUUGGAAUCUGUGAAUAAAUCUUUCCCCUAUGGCACCUGUAGCCUGACAUUCCAUUUCUAUCCCUCACGUACAGUGGGUGGCUCUGUCCCCCUCUUGGAGCUGAACCACACCGAGGUUUAUGGGUCUGCUGCCGACUUUUUGCUAAAAGAGUUUGAUCUCAGGCAGUAGAGGUUUGUGCUUUUCAGAUGCAGAAGUCCUAAGUUCCACCCUGAGGCAUUACCCUAAAUAUUCAUUUUAAUGAUCAUGUAGGACCCACUGCCAGGACCAAGGCUAGCAUGGAACAGCUGGGUUUAGUUUCUGACUAACAAGCACACAUCCUGCCCCAAAAGAAUUCCAGCCCCCGCCCCUUGCACAUUUCCCUCAAAAUGGAACUAGUGUGAAUCAGCAGCUUCAAGUUACAAUGAAUUGUGUUUGAAGUGCCACUGCUGACCUUGAAAUCUAGUUGUGGGGGGGUCUGCUAUCCUAAUCAAUUCACAGUCCAGGCCAGCAGUAUCAAGGACAAGCGCCCACAGGUCUUAGUCUGCACUCAGACAAAACUCCCAUUGGAUUAGUGGACGUUUUUGCCCGCAUGUCGACUUGAGGAUCAAGCCACAUGUGCUGAAAUGUGUUUAUUUUGUAGCAAAAUUAGACCUGGCACCUGUAUCAUCUGGACCAGACUCAUAGCAGGUCGGUCUCUGCAGCAGACAAGUCUACUGCACUCUUCAACCUUGUUUUAAAUGAUCCAACAGUGGAGCUUCCAGCUAUGCCCAUAGGAAGUUCACGUUGCGGGAUGGAUAGCUGCAGCUUUUUCCCUUUUCCACCCACUACAGAGAGGAAUCAGUGCAGUUUUUUGUCCCCUGCAGGUUUGGCUCACUCCUACCUUUGACUUUCAUUAUUCAGAAGGCAUCGCAUUUGUGUAGCAAUUUCAGCCCCACUAGACUCAUUUAGCACUGUGAGAUGUACUGCAAUGUUUGUUUCCUCCAAGCUUUUUUGGACAGAAAUUGUCUAUCCAGAGCUUGGAAAAAAUCAUUAAGCACCAGUGACCGGAGGGACUCAUACAGCGCAUCGUAUCUUUGUCAUUACUGCUAUUGAUCAGAGCCAUGGCAAAAUGGGCCAACAAAUCUUAAAAAUACCAGGCAAGAACAAAAUAGAUGGAGGCCGUUAAGCGACCUCAUGCUUGAUUUGGGUUUAAAAGACAGAUGACUGGGAGCUGUCCUCAAGACAUCAUUUGGCUGUAGGUUAGGAACAGUGAGGAAAUUCUGUACUGUAUCUGUGGUCGCUUUACUGAGCUGAGGGAAUGGUAAGAUUCUGCUCCGGCUGCUAAACGGACUCUGCAACAAGAAUAAAUCAAAAUUGGUUAAAAAAAAAAUCUAAUAAAGCACCUUUUCGGCUGUGACUUGUAAGUGUCACCAUGAUAAAUGACAAUGCACUCCAUUAUGCAAAGACAAGACUCUUAACAGGAAAUUUUAGAAUUUGAUUUUGUGAUUUACAGCGAGGGCCCCCGUCAUAUUUAUAGCACGGCCGUCUGUUUUGAUUCAAUCGCAGCGUAAAUGAAACCAGGACCACAGAUCUCAGCAAUGCGGCUGCUCUUUAAACACCAAGGGGGCAUAAACACACAAUGUUAAUAAUGGAGCUAAAGAUUGCUUGGCUUGUUAACUGGUAUUUGGUUUAUCUUCGGCAGUGAAAGGCUGUAUCUUAGCACUGCUGAACCUGGGUAAGACACAUACAAAUUAUGUUCAUAAUGGUGCACACUGUAACAGGCCCUUUGGUGAAAUAAACUUUGGACCUUGUUAUCUUGAAACACACAAUCCACCAUCCCUGCAUAGCAUAGAAAUCCUCACAGGACCCCAUUGUGUUGACCACUGGCCUGUUUGUUUUUGUUAGUAUUAAUACUGUCCUUAUUCGAACUGAAUGAUUUUCACCAUUUCUUUUCUAUUAUAGCUCAUAGUAAAUAUUUAACUAUAUUAUUUUCCCAAGUUACAACAAAGAUUUUACUGAUUUUAAACAAAAUAAAGCCAAUGGACUUUUAACUGUAGGGUACGUUUAACUAAAAUCCUCCAGGAUUGGAGAGUGAUUUUUUAAAAGACACACUGUUUGCAUUGUACAAAAUGAUCAGUUUUAGAAUGCCCCUCCCACUAAAUGUACCUUGUUUAAGGAAGGCUAUAUCAUGUCCUGAUGGCUGUGAUCUUAUUUCCUAUAGUGAUAUAUAUGAAGCUGUGUUAUUUGAACUGAAAACAGUCUUAAACGUUAAAAAAAAAGGUGGGGGUAGACAGCAAAAUUAUUGUCUCUCUCAUGUUUAUAGCAAUUUUAAAAAGUUGUGCUUAUGACAAAAUGUUACAUGGCUUAACUGUUAACCCCCAUCCCAGAGGGAAAUGGUAUUCGAGCAGAGGAGCCCUGAAAACUCCAAGUGAACACCAACCAAAACUGUUCUGGCAAAGACUGGGUCAAACUGCAGGACAGUUUCAGUGAUGUGACUGAAGUAACAAAUCAAAGCAUCACACUUUUCUAUUAAAACAAAUAAAUCUGCUUAUUUUGCAUGAGGCCUUCUGAAUGCAGCUACUCCUGUUCUUUUAGUCUAGAAGGAGGACUUUGUAUCAGAGCUGCAGCUGUAAUACCAACACGGGAGCCUCUUGUCAUUACCAUGUGUAAUAAUUUUCCUGAAGUCUGGAACUAAUUUUUGAGAAUUUUUUUUUCUCAACACUUUGUGUUUCUAACACUGUAUUCUUGACUGUGUAAAUACUACAAGGCUGUAAAUAAGUGCAAAUGUAGAUACCUUCUAGAAAAACAAACAGAAGUGACCGUGUGUAGCCUUCGGUGACAAAUAAAAGAAUAUUUUGUGUUUAAA